CCCGAACAGUUUUUGGUUCCCAAGGAAUAUUUACGACUCGUAUUAUAGUGCUCGUCGGCAACCACCAAACCACAAAAAACGUAUCGAAAAGUGUAAUCAUAUCUGUGUAGUAUCAAUAUUUAAUCUAAUUACAAUGGCUCAACAAUACGACUCGAGCUACUUCAUGCGAAUCCUUUUGGGACUCUGCACUGUCGCGAAGAUCUUCGCCUUCCAGUCCCAGCAAUCCUUUCACCGGGCAACGCUUUCGCAAACCCGGUUGAACGUUGCCGUAGACCCCUCCACGGUAACCAAAAAGGAGCUCGACGAUAUCGUCGGAGCUGACUUUGAAAAGGAUGCUAUGUACAAGAGACUUCAGACAAACGAGUUUUUGUACCCCAAACACGUUGAAGUCAUCGAGGAUAUUGGACCCAUUGCCAAUGCGAUGGUUGACGAGAUCGUAAGUGGGAAAGAACUAAUGAAGAACACUGCCAUGGCGCUGGUGUCAAGGGAUGUCAACGGGUGUCAGGGAAUUUUGUGGUGCCGAUUUUUUUUCUGAUCGAUCUGUUUCCGUCAUUGUUUGUCAUUUCUCUGCCACUUGAAUCUUUUUCUGUUGCACUCAAAUGCAUAAUGUAAUAUUCGUACAAACAGCUCUUGGAAACUGGUGAAGCAUCGUGGCAGCCCCAGGACUUCCUCCCCGACCUUGCCAAGGACGGCUGGGAAGAGGAGGUCAAGGAAUUGAGAGAGAUGGCGCAGGAACUUCCGGACGAAGUAAUGGUAGUCCUUGUCGGAGACAUGGUGACGGAAGAGGCCCUUCCCACCUACCAGACACUGCUCAACACCUUCGAGGGUUGCGAUGAUCCCACUGGAGAUUCCGAUACGCCGUGGGCGAAGUGGAGCCGUGGAUGGACCUCGGAAGAGAACCGCCACGGAGAUCUUCUCAACAAAUAUCUCUACCUUAGCGGAAAGUGCGACAUGCGUGCCAUCGAGGUCACCAUCCAGCACUUGAUUACUAGUGGAUUCAAUCCCGAUGCACAGAAGGAUCCAUACAGAGGUUUUGUCUACACAUCUUUCCAGGAGCGAGCAACCAAAGUUUCUCACUCGAACGUUGGUCGAUUGGCAGGAGACUCUGGGGAUAGCAACCUUCGCAGAAUCUGCGCCAAGAUUGCCGGUGACGAAGCCCGUCACGAGAAGGCCUACCAGACAUUUAGCGAAGAGAUUCUUAAGCGUGAUCCCGAUGGUCUUAUCAUGACCUUUGGAGACAUGAUGCGCGGCCAAAUUGUCAUGCCUGCUGAGCUCAUGACGGAUGGUGUCGAUUCCAACCUGUACGAGAACUUUUCCGCCGUUGCACAGAAGUUGGGUGUAUACACGGCCAUCGAUUACGCCCAGAUUAUUGGACACUUGGUGAAGCGAUGGGAUCUCGAGAACCUCGAAGGUCUUUCUGCCGAAGCCGAGAAGGAGCGCGAGUACCUCUGCAAUCUUCCCCAACGAUACCAGAAGUUGGCUGAGCGAUCGAUGAAUAGAAAGAAGAAAGUCAACGAAGAGGAUCCCGAGGUAGCCUUCAGUUGGAUCCACGGAAGGACUGUCUAAAUCUUUUAACCUCUAAAUUUCAC